GUUUUUCACGCUAGUUCCUGCUGAAGGUAAACAAAUGGACGCAGCGGCGGUUUGCGGUGAAAAUAUGAAAAAUGUGAACGAACCGCGCGGAUUAAAGCGAGUGAAAUGCCCGGGCAGAAACGAAAAUAUAAUGUACGGUUCCCUCCUGGUCGCAUCAAAAAGAUCAUGCAGAAGGACGCAGAGGUGGGGAGGAUUGCGAUGGCGGUUCCUGUGAUCAUCUCUCGAGCGCUGGAAAUAUUCCUCAAGUCUCUGCUCACCAAAAUCUGUCUGGUAACUCAGGCGGAGCUCAGCGCCGUCGUGUCCGUCGCUCACAUGAAGCAGUGCAUAGAGUCGGAAGAGCACUUCCACUUCCUCAGAGACCGGGCGGAGCGAGCCACAUCUAAGACAAGCCAGAAGGACAAAAGAGGGAUGAGCAUGUGGCCGAUGUACAGGACCAACUGGCAUGACCUUUCUGUUAAGACCAAGGCUGACGUGGUAGACGUGGCGCCACGACGGAGCCUCGACUCACUGGACAACGACUCCAGCUCCGGGGAGUCGGAGCUCUUCAUCUGCCUUUGAGUGAACAGAGGAAAGGGCUGUGCACUUACUACAGCAAAUCAUUUCAUCAUGUCACUUUUGUUUAAAUGUUUAUCUUCAUUUCAGCUUUGCUGGUCCAGGUCACAAUUAAUGUGGGGAUAUCAACUAUAAAAAAACAAAUGUGUUAGUGUUGGGGGGGGGGGACAUUUAACUUAUGUUAGACCUUUGGCUGCCAGUUUUUAUUUCAUUUUGAAAAAAGACAUGUAGAGAAGCCUGUCCUUUGUAGCAGAUGUGUUAGGAGGAGAAGAAGAACUUGAAUGUUCUGUGUAAGUUUGCAUUAAGGUAUAAUGAACUUAAAUUAUGCAAUUUAAAUUGAGUCAGACUUUUACAUUUUUUUUUUCCUCUCAAAAUUUGCCUUAAACUUUUGUUCAUUAGUUGAAAAGAAAAUAUGUUAGGCUCUGGUCAAAUUGUUACAAUUUCAAUAGUAAUAGACAGUCAGUACAUCUCUAGUUUAAAUCCCAGGUCAGCAGCCAUUAAAACUAAACAGUGCUUAUUUUGCUGAAUAGUGGCCCAAACAGUUUGUUUGGAGGGUUUAAUUUUUAAAGCACUUGUAAAUUAACUUUUAAAG